AUGUCAGACCCUAAGGAAGAACCUCCAAAGGAACAGCCUUUUAGCUACGCCAAUAUCGAUCCCAGUUUCCUUCUUCCAGAUGGAACCCCAGAUUAUCUCAAACUCAUUUUGACCACCCGCGUCUACGAUGUCUGCAAGGAAACACCUCUGACCCCUGCUGUCAACAUGAGCAGCAAGCUCAACGCAAACAUUCUGCUCAAGCGAGAAGAUCUACAACCCGUUUUUUCUUUUAAACUGCGUGGUGCCUAUAACCUUAUUGCACAGCUUCCUAAGGAGGAACGCUGGAAGGGUGUCAUUGCCUGCUCGGCAGGUAAUCAUGCCCAAGGUGUGGCAUACUCGGCCCAACACCUCAACAUCCCAGCCACCAUCGUCAUGCCCAUCGCUACACCUUCCAUCAAGUACCAGAAUGUCGCCCGUCUCGGAUCCAAGGUCGUUCUUUUCGGUGAUGAUUUUGAUGCUGCCCAGACCGAAUGCAAGCGUCUUGCAAAGCAGCACGGCAUUGCAAACAUUCCUCCAUUUGAUGACCCCUAUGUCAUUGCCGGCCAGGGUACCAUCGCCAUGGAGAUUAUCCGUCAAGUCAAUAUUCACGAACUUAAGGCUGUUUUUGCCUGCAUUGGCGGUGGUGGCUUGAUUGCCGGUAUCGGUGCCUACAUCAAGCGCAUUGCACCCCACGUUAAAGUCAUUGGCAUUGAAACCUACGAUGCCGAUGCCAUGUACCAGUCGCUUCAAAAGGGUGAGCGUAUCACUCUUAAAGAAGUUGGCCUUUUCGCAGAUGGUACUGCAGUUAAGGUCCCUGGUCAAGAAACUUUCAGACUUUGCCAGGAAGUCAUUGACGAAAUCGUCCACGUUGGCACUGACGAAAUUUGCGCUGCCAUCAAAGACGUCUUUUUAGAAACUCGCUCCAUUGUCGAGCCCUCCGGUGCCUUGUCUCUUGCUGGUGCCAAAAAAUAUAUUUCCUCUCACCCUGAAAUCGAUCACAGUUCCAACUCUUAUGUCUGCGUUCUUUCCGGUGCCAACAUGAACUUUGACCGUCUCAGAUUUGUUUCUGAACGUGCCAUGUUGGGUGAGGGCAGCGAAGUCUUCUAUGUCGCUUCAAUCCCCGAGCGUCCUGGCUCUUUCGAAAAGCUUAUUUCUAUUCUGAAUCCACGUGCCAUUACUGAGUUUUCAUACAGAUACAAUGAUCCCAAUACAGCCAACAUUUACAUUUCUUUCAGCGUUCAGGACCGUGAUGCAGAGCUGACAAGUAUCCAAGAACAAUUUGCUCAGGAUGGCACCAUCAAGGGCGUCGACAUUAGCGAAGAUGAGCUGGCAAAGACCCACGCUCGAUACCUGGUUGGAGGCAAAGCCAAGGUCGAGAAUGAGCGCAUUUUCCGCUUCGAGUUCCCCGAGAGACCCGGUGCUUUAUUCAAGUUCCUCAAGGGAAUUAAGUCUCAAUGGAACAUUACCCUUUUCCACUAUAGAAAUCAUGGCUCAGAUAUUGGCAAGAUUCUUGCAGGUAUUGCCGUCCCACCUAAGGAUAAUGAUUCCUUCCAGGAGUUUUUGGACAACCUCGCCUACCCGUACAUUGAGGAAACUGAAAACGCUAUCUAUAAUCUGUUUCUUAAGGGUUAG